ACAUCGACGACACGAUGGAUGCGUUCGUCAUGGAUCUUUCUUCCAUCGUCAGCCUCGCGAAACUGUUCAUCAUGCGCCGGAAUUCGAAGCACGCUUACGUUCUUAUAAAUUCAGUUCUGAAGGACUGGUCGGCUGUUAAUGAUUCUCGUCAUGAAGAUAUUAUGACAGAAUACUAUAAAAAAGGACGGAUCGUUUCAUUGACAAUACUGUAUCUCGGUUAUGCUUCUGGAUUGUCUUUCAUCGUCAAAGCAUUACCCUUUGGAGAGGUUCUGCCGUUCAAGAUGUUCCAAAACUCGGCGAAUUCAUCGGCAAAUCUGAAAGGUUCCUUGGAAAUGAAUUAUUUCCUGGCAAGCUAUUGCGUGUUUGGCCCACUACCAUUGCUCCCGCAGAUCUGCGUAUUGAUAUUGCAGGCAAUGCACAUUUUCGUUAACGCGGUUGCUCAUUGCGCCAACGAUGGAUUAUUCUUCAGCUUAACGAUGCAUCUCUGUGGCCAGUUCGAGGUUCUCAAGAUGAAUUUUACCAAGUUCGAGCUGCAGGAAUUUGGCUGCCACAAAAAGCUUCGAUUUCUCGUGAAACGACACUGUCAGCUCCUGAUGCUGGCCAAUGAUCUCGAGCAAACCUUCAAUAUGAUCAUUCUCGUACAGCUACUGAUGAGCGCCUUGUUAAUUUGCAUCGAAGGUUUCGUGUUCCUGGUCUGUCUGGCAACGAGAGACAACGUCGGUGCAUUGAAAAGCGUCGUUCUGAUGGUGACGUUACUCAUACAGCUAUACCUAUACGCCUAUGCAGGCGACGUUCUCGAGUCUCGAUCCAACGAGAUAGCGCAUGGCGUCUACGAUUCGCCUUGGUAUCAACCUCGAGGACACGUAGCAAGGGAUUUGAUGAUGAUAAUCAACCGCGGACACAGGUCGUACCACGUGACAGCUGGGAAAUUCCUCUCGAUGAACAUAUUCACAUUCAAAGAAAUUCUCAGGUCAUCAGCUUCCUAUUUGUCUGUUCUGAAAGUAAUGAUGGACACGUGAAAACCAUUUGAUCGCGAGUGCUAUGUAUUUCUAUCGUGACCCUCGAUACAUUCCUCGCGUAACAAAAGCAAUAUUACUGUUAUACGACGAGGAAGAGCAACGAAAUAUUCUCUUACAUAAGACUCAAACUUUCACAAACAUACCUAUGCACGAAGCAUGCUAUAAUCAAUUAAUCAUGAGUAUACAAUGGUUUGGAACAGUGUAUGUGAAUAAAUAAGAAUUUUUCCAGAGUACAA